AUGCGACCUGUCAAUCCCAACACCCCACUAAUGGUUAUUCGACUUCCUCUAGAUGCCAUUCUCCCUUGUAUGUUACUGGAGAGCGACACAGGCGAGGACUGCCGCACCAUCCAAGCCGGGCAGACCAACUUCUCACUGCCUACCAUAGAUUAUACUGGCGAGGGCGGCUUUGUGAUCGGAACUAAGAGCAUCGUGGAAGUGUUCGCCAAACCGCUGUUUGGAAUUCUUAUUGACAGUAUUUCUUUUGCCUUUCUGAACGGCUUCCCGAUGCUGAUGUUGUCGCGAGCUAUGCAGGGAGUGGGCUGCAGUCUAACCACAGUAGCAGCCAUUGCGAUGCUUGCAGAAGCAUACACUGACGUUGACGAAAGAUCAAGGGCCAUGGCCAAGGCUUUUGGAGGGUAUGCAUUCGGUGUUAUAUUUGGAUUUCCACUGGGGACGUUCACCUAUCAGUUUCUGGGCAAAGAGUUUCCCUUCCUGAUACUCGCUGGCAUUAACGUCUUAGACGCAGUUUUUAGACUGAUCAUCGUGGUUCCGGAAAAACUGGUUGAACCUUCAUCUUAUGGGGCGUGGAGUGACUUUAAAGAGUUACUGGUUGACCCGUACAUUGAGCUGGGACUCGGUUACACCCUGAUGUACACCCUUAGCUUAGGAGCCAGCCUCGCCAUUGCCCCGCCCUGGAUAAUGGAGGAACAGUUCGGGAUGGUUUGGGAAAUAGAUUAA